AUGGAUCCUAAACUUUUCGCAGCUGCUCAACAGAGUAUGGCCAUGAAUAAUGGACAAGGUCAAAACCCCAAUAUGAUGAUGUCCUUUCAGCAACAGAACAAUGGCGGCGGUGGAGGAGGUGACUUGCAACAGUUUAACCCUUUAAAUGCUGUUCCUUUCAAUCCUGCCAAUCUCGGUUCAGGUGCCAAUUUAGCUUUUGGCCCCAACGAUUUCGCUAAUCUCGACUCCACGGACUUGAGCAGCUUGAACCCAUUUAUUCAAGCGAAUCCUUCUCUCAUGAACGGCAUGUCUUUGCAACAACAACAGCAACAUUUGCGUCAGAACUCUCACCCUCAGUCUGUCUACUCGCCUCAAAACUUGAUGGCAUUAGGCAAUAAUCAAGCCGCUCUUCAAGCUCAAUUCCAACAAAAUAGAGCCAUGUAUGGUGGAGGAAACCCUGCCAUGAUGGCCAACACACCACAAGCCUUAAUGUUUCAACAGCAACAGCAACAAGCAGCGGCAGCAGCCAUGGCCAUGAAUAGAGCUAAGCAAUCACCUAGUCAAUCGCCUGCUCUCAAUCACGCUCAUUUCACAGGAAACGCUUCUUCGCCUGUCAUUGGUAAUAGUCCUCAUACAGCGGGUGGCGCCACGACUCGAAAUGGAUCCGAUUAUGCUGUGUCGCCCAUGAAUCCAAAUAUGGGCUCACCUGUACAAAACUUUCAGCAAGGAAAUAGUAUUUUGCCUUCACCUCAAAUGGCGCGUGUCAUUCCAUCUCAGGCAAAUAAUAAUCGUUAUAUGCAACAAAUGAGUAUGCAACAACACCAACAACAACAGCAGCAGCAACAUCAACAGCAACAGCAACAACAACAACAGCAACAACAACAACAACAACAACAACAACAACAACAACAACAUCAGCAACAACAACAACAGCAUCAGCAACAGCUUCACCAACAACAGCAACAACAACAGCAACAACAGCAGCAACAGCAACAACAACAGCAUCAACAACAACAACAGCAACAACAACAACAACAACAACAACAAGCCAUGAUGCAAAGUAUGGGUAGCGCAUCACCUUCGUUGAACAAUCCAUCUAUAUCAUCUUAUGCAUCACCUCAGGACACUGGCGUCAUUGAGGAUCAACAACAAACGGCCAAAAGUUAUAACACACCUUCGAUGUCUGGGUAUAUCCAACAACAACAACAGCAGCAGCAAUCACCUAUGCAAGCACAUGCAUCGCCUAUUCCACGACAAUCCGCGACACCGGGUAGUGCGCAAUCAACACCCCGUCAACAUCAUCAGCAGAUCGAGACCCCUCCACAAAUGAGUCCCACGGUGAAAACACGAGCGGAUACACCACUAGUAAACGCCACACCUUCACCUAAACCGACGGGAUCCGUGCCCGCCUCGCCACAUGAAAACAACGAAAAGUUGCCACAACAACAAAUAACUUAUAUACCGAAAACGCGUAAUGUUGAAACGUAUGGAGGGAUUGAUUUGAAAUAUUUUGACAAGUUUGAAAUCAAACCACCCGUACCUCAUUUGAAUGAAUUGGGAGUGAUUGAUAUUGGAGCAUUGAUCAUGUCAUUGAAAUCAGGCAUGAAGAUGGAAAUGACCAAUGCCUUGAAUAUCUUGACGGUUUUGACGGUACAACCUCAAGUAGGACAACAGACAGCUCAUGUGCCUUUGGCACAAUGCGAGGAUUUAUUAGAUGUUUUAUUGGAUUAUUUAGAGAGCGAUAUGUUGGAGGAAGCGUCUGUCAACAAGAGCCAUUUAACUUAUACAGAUCUCUUUGACAUGUCAUUGGAUGAAAUGAAGAGUUUGAUCCCUCAAUUAGAAAACUCCACCUCCGACAUCUGGAUUUCGCUGCGAGAGAGAUGUCUCUGUAUCUUUAACAUUUUGCGUAACCUGUCAUUUAUGAAUGAAAACAUGGAAUAUUUGGCUAAACACGGACGGUUUGUUUCUAUCCUGAUGGAGAUUAUCAAUACGACACGGGAGGGAGCUGAAGCUUGGUUUGUGGGUAUACGUAAAAUGGAUACAUUGGAUUUCCGCAAGAGUAUUCUCAUGAUCUUUUCCAAUAUAUCCAUGUUUCUUGUGCUAAAAGGAGAAAGAACAGCCACAACAUUCACACAACUUAUUCACGAUUUUCUUGUCAAUGGACCGGAUACGUAUUAUUCAUUACUAGCUAUCGAGACUUGGACUAAACUUACGGUGAAUUAUGAAAAUCGACAAUUGUUACAUUCGAUCUUAGAUCAGGAACCGAUCCUUUCGUUAUUACAACAUAUCUGGUUAGAAUUAACCGCUGUGAUCCGACGUGAUUUCUUUUCGACCGAUGGUAGGGUGAUGAAUGCCAUGACAUCCAAUCAAUUGGCUACAUUAGAGUUGACGAUCAUUGGAUUAUACAAUAUUGUAUCUAUUGCCGAAAGCGAGCAUUUGAAACAAGAGCUGUUACAGAUUAAUAAGAGUAUCGGUAUGAUGAUCAUUCGAUUAUGUAUCACAUUGGCAGAAAGCGGGAAUCCACAAUUUGGGCUUGUCACGAAACGUGGUAUGGAAUUAAUUCGGUCCUUGAUUUGUGGUGGCGAUGGUAUCCGAAGGCGCACAUUGGUGGGACAACAGCAAAAGAGACCUUCAUUGGAAGCCUUAUCUACCUAUAAGUCCAGUUUACAAGAGGAGGAAGAUACCUUAUCCGUGUACGAGAUUGCUAAUCGUAUCUUGGAUAUGCCCGUCGUUCGAGAAAAGCUCAUGUUGUCCAUGUUGAAACCAACAACAGAUCCAGAGAUAUUAAGGGAAUUAUCGGAUAUCGUUGCACUGAUAGAUGAAGAUUCCUCUGCUCGUUGA